UUUCCCAGCUGCUUCUGCAACUAUUCACCAGAUCCAUCACCCACCCAGGACAUAAGAAGAAGAAGAAGCUAGCCCGUCAAGGACCGCUAUUUUCGCUGGCGUUAUAUUCUCUCUCUUUUUUUUAGAAAAAAUUUUAGCUUAAAAUUAUAAAUCUCUCAAGGAAGAAAAAAAAGUGAGAGAAAAUAUUUAAGUUUAUUUUAUAAUAUACAUAUAAAUACAGUUUCAGCCUUUUUGCUGUCAAGACAGACAGACAAGGAGGAAAAAAACCUCGGUUUUAACAUCCUAAAAAAACUUAAGUCAAACCUAUAUAUAUCUACACACCAUGAGAGAGGUAGAGAGAGAGUCGUCAUCUUUAGGGUUUCUUCUGGAGAUAAUAUAAAGUUCAGGGACCUUGUGUGAAGUUUCCGGCCGGCGAAGGGCGACGGCGGCGACGGCGGAUGACUGACUGUGCAGAUCUACAGCUUUGAAGAAGUAACAAGUUUUAUUCAGCUUGGUAAUAAUAAUAAUAAAUUAAAAAAAGAUGUAUCAGCCAAAUAUGUACCUGGAGAGCCACCAACACCACCACCGCGGUGGCCACCACCACCUGCUCGACAUGAGCGGCCACAAAAACCCGGAAAACGAGUUCGACAGCAUGAUAAGAGAGGAAGAGUACGAGAGCAAAUCGGGGACGGACAUAAUGGAGCCGCCGUCCGGCGACGAUCAAGAUCCCAAUCAACGCCCCACCAAGAAGAAGCGUUACCACCGCCACACUCAACACCAAAUCCAAGAAAUGGAAGCGUAUUUUAAAGAACACCAGCAUCCAGAUGAUAAGGCAAGGAAGGAACUUGGACGUAGAUUAGGGCUCGAGCCUCUACAAGUCAAGUUCUGGUUCCAAAACAAACGCACUCAAAUGAAGGCGCAACACGAGCGCGGCGAGAACUCACAACUGAGGGCAGAGAAUGAGAAGCUUCGCGCCGAUAACAUUCGUUACCAGGAAGCACUCAGUAACGCCACGUGUCCGAACUGCGGUGGCCCUGCUUCUAUCGGAGAGAUGUCGUUCGACGAACAACAGCUAAGAAUCGAAAAUGUUCGUCUAAGAGAAGAGAUUGAAAGAAUUACUCAAAUUGCUGCAAAGUUUGUUGGGAAGCCAAUGCUCUCGUUCUCAAACCUGCCACCUCACGGGCCGAACCGGACGCUUGACCUCGGGGUCGGAAGCUUUGGGCACAUGUCGGGGGAUUUGUACGGGCCGGGCGACGUUCUCGGGUCGGUUUCGGGCCCGACUGACGCUGACAAACCGGUGAUUAUUGAGCUGGCGGUGGCUGCAAUGGAGGAGCUGGUCAGAAUGGCUCAAGCCGGGGAGCCAUUGUGGGCCCCGUGUCCCGAAAACUCGGCUAACAAGGAGGCAUUGUGUGAGGACGAAUAUGUCCGGUCGUUCCCUCGGGGAAUCGGACCGAAACCGCUCGGAUUGGUCUCCGAAGCGUCGCGUGAGUCUGCUGUUGUCAUCAUGAACCACAUUAAUCUCGUCGAAAUUCUCAUGGAUGUGAACCAAUGGGCAAAUGUGUUUGCUGGAAUUGUGUCAAGGGCAAUGACUUUGGAGGUUUUGUCAACUGGUGUUGCAGGCAAUUACAAUGGGGCAUUGCAAGUGAUGAGUGCUGAGUUUCAAGUCCCUUCACCGCUCGUCCCGACCCGAGAAAAUUAUUUUGUGAGAUACUGCAAACAACACUCCGACGGGAUGUGGGCCGUGGUCGAUGUCUCGUUGGACACGUUGCGCCCGUCUCCGAUCUCCCGGUGUAGAAGAAGGCCUUCUGGUUGUUUGAUCCAAGAAAUGCCCAAUGGUUACUCUAGGGUAACAUGGAUCGAGCAUGUUGAGGUUGACGAUCGAUCUGUUAAUAACUUGUACAGACCGCUCGUCAGCUCGACCCUUGCGUUUGGAGCCAAACGGUGGAUAGCCACAUUGGACCGACAGUGCGAACGACUAGCUAGCGCAAUGGCUAAUAGCAUUCCAGCAAUAGAUGGUUGCGUGAUAACGAGUGCGGAGGGCAGGAAGAGCAUGCUAAAGUUGGCGGAGAGGAUGGUGAUGAGUUUCUGUGCAGGUGUGGGUGCAUCCACGGCCCACACCUGGACGACAUUGUCGGGAGGUGGGCCCGAUGAUGUUAGGGUUAUGACCAGGAAGAGCGUAGACGAUCCCGGGCGGCCGCCCGGGAUCGUCCUAAGCGCCGCCACUUCUUUCUGGCUCCCGGUCCCGCCCAAGCGAGUCUUUGAUUUCCUUCGUGACGAAAACUCAAGAAGUGAGUGGGACAUUCUCUCAAAUGGUGGCCUUGUUCAAGAAAUGGCACACAUUGCCAAUGGCAGAGAUCCAGGCAACUGUGUAUCUCUAUUGCGUGUUAAUAGCGCGAAUACGAGCCAAAGCAAUAUGUUGAUACUUCAAGAGAGUUGCACGGACUCGACGGGGUCCUUCGUGGUAUAUGCACCGGUGGACAUUGUGGCCAUGAAUGUGGUCCUAAGUGGGGGCGACCCUGACUACGUCGCCCUCUUACCCUCAGGUUUCGCCAUCCUCCCCGACGGGCCCACAACCACUGGAGGAGGUCAAAACUCCGACCAGACCGGAGGUGGGCCCGGCGGGUCUCUACUCACAGUGGCGUUCCAGAUAUUGGUCGAUUCGGUCCCCACCGCGAAACUCUCCCUCGGGUCGGUCGCGACGGUCAAUUCCCUCAUCAAGUGCACCGUCGAGAGGAUCAAAGGCGCUGUCGCGUGCGAAAACGCCUGAGAUUCUGUCUCGAGGCGUUCUUUUUUUUGGAGGAAUGAUAAUAAGAAGUCAAGAACGCACCUGAAGCCAUCCUUGUGGACUGGUGGUCUGUUAAUGAGAUGAAAACAAAGCAGAAAAGCAUUUCACCAGGGUGAUAGGUUCGGGAAUUGACUUUAUGGUAAUGAUGGGGAAGAAGAAGAAAGAUUAUUAUUAUCAUAUUAUUAUUAUUUAUAUUAUUAUUAUUACCAGUAUUAUUAAGAUUAAGGUUGCAUGCAAACGUUGUUUAGGUUGUUGAAAUGUUCCAAGUAAUCAUAAUUAGUACGUUGAUGUUGUCUGUCUAAUAUGUUUGUUUGGCUUAGCAGUGUACUUAGGCCUGGCCUCUAGGGUUUUUAUUUCUCAAUUUGUAUGUGUUCUUCGAAGAAAAACAAAGUUUGGUAGUUUUGACUAUGGGAAUUGAAUCUUUUGCUGACGAAUUUUAAAUUAAUUGUUCAAUUCUGU